GCUUAUCUCAUGUGGAACAGUCGGACAGACUCAACCUGUUUCUCCUGGAGAGUGAGGGAUGACCUGAUUGAAAUGUAUAAGAGCCUGAAUGGGUUUUGACAAGGUGGACCUAGACUGAGUGCGGAGCGAGCUCGUUGCAAGAUGACCAUUCGGCCCCUCCAGGGGGCACAGGGGCUUCUGCUGGGAACCAGUGAGCUUAUGCCAGCCUUGGGCACGGAGCUACUGGUGGCUGGCAGUGAGGAGCUGUUUCGCAGCCCGGGAAACUCCAGCCACGAGGCCUUGGGGGGCCGUGCCAUGGGAGAGGUCAUCGCCAUCCUGUGGGUGACAUCCAGCCUGUCCUUGGCGACAGUGGUGGGCAACAUCCUGGUGCUGCUCUCCAUCCAGUUCAACCAGAGGCUGAGGACGGUGACCAACUACUUCCUGUUGAGCCUGGCCUUGGCUGACCUGAUGAUUGGUCUCUUCUCCAUGAACUUUUACACUAGCUACAUCAUCCUGGGCCACUGGGCACUCGGCAGCCUGACCUGUGACCUCUGGCUUACUCUGGACUAUGUUGUCAGUAACGCAUCAGUCAUGAAUCUCCUGGUGAUCUGCUUUGACCGGUACUUCGCUAUCACUCGCCCCUUGACGUACAGAACCAAGCGGACCCCACGGAGAGCGGCCAUUAUGGUUGGCGUAGCCUGGUGCAUCUCCAUCACGGUGUGGGCGCCCACCAUUUUGUGCUGGCAGUACAUCGUGGGCCAGCGAACGGUGAUAGCAGGCAGCUGCCAAGUCCAGUUCCUCUCGGAGCCCAUCAUCACCUUCGGCACGGCCACCGUCGCCUUCUACCUGCCCGUGGUGAUCAUGACCGUCCUGUACGCCCGCAUCUACAGGGAGACAAUGCAGCGCACACAGGUGCUGGCAGCUCUCCAGGAGGCAGGGGGCAGUGUCGCCAAAAGGCAGGGCACGGGCAGGAGGCUGCUGGAGCCUGAACACACACCCUCCGCCAAGUCCGACGGCCAAUCUCAGCCCAAGGCCAAGAGCAUCAUGGUCCAGGAGAGGAUUGGGUCCAUUGUCAAAGAGAAGAAAGUAGCCAGGACGCUGUCCGCCAUUUUGCUGGCAUUUAUAGUCACCUGGUCUCCAUACAACAUCAUGGUGUUGGUGUCAACAUUCUGCACUGACUGCAUCCCCAGUGGUCUCUGGCAACUGGGUUACUGGCUCUGCUACGUGAACAGUACCGUUAACCCCCUGUGCUAUGCCCUGUGCAGCAGCGAGUUCCGCAUUACCUUCAAAAGGCUCUUACUCUGUCACUGGGACAAGAGGAAAUGGACAGAGAACCCACUGGCAAGACAAGCCAGACCCUGAAAAGAGGCAUGGCACCCUCCUCCUCCGCCCUCUGUGGGUCAGGGAUCCCACAACACCAGCUGGUGGCCCCCAAAGUUGGCAGGCAAACCUCAGCAGGUGGUUGGCAUACAGCCCAGGACCAGGGCAGCCGGGGAACUAGAUACCAGGGACAUUUUGAUUCCCCUUAAGCCCGUCCCUAAUUGCCCACGGCCACCGCUGUGCACCUGGAGUCACGCGUCGGCCACUCAGGCAAAUGAGACUCUUCAUUCACCCUGUACCUGACCAUCACAAACCCCUCUUCACCACCCCUCUACAAAUAAACCCCCUGACAUCUGGUGAUAGGGCAGACCAGGUCUGGGAGAGGGGCUGAAUGGCUUCUUCCUCUUUUAGGGACAUUCCCAGACCUUGCUUGAGUAACAAUUAGACCAGUCUGUGCACAGCAGGAUCCAGCAAAUUGUGGCUGGGGUAUUUUCCACUCACAUUUUAGAGGAGUGUUACAGGAGCAGAAGUAGGCCAUUCAGCCCAUCGUCUGCUCUACCAUUCAAUGGUUGAUCUGAUCACACUCUACUCCACACUCCUGUUUUUCUCCCCAUAACCCUCGACUCCCUUCCUGAUUAAAAAUCUCUCUCAGUCCUGAAUAUACUGAACAACCCAGUCCUGACAGCCCUCUGUGGUAAAGAAUUCCACAGACUCAAUCCCCUUGGAGAGAAGAAAUUCCUCCUCGUCUCUGUCUUCAAUGUGUGACUCCUCACACUGAGAUGAUUCCCUCUGGUCCUAGACUCUCCCACAAGGGGAAACAGCUUGUCCACCUGUACCCUUGUCAAGUUCCUUCAGAAUCCUACACAUCCCAAUAAUGUCGUACCUCAUUCUUCUAAACUCCAAUGAGUACAGGCCCAACUACUCAACCUCUCCCUCAUGAGUCAGUGCCUCCAUCUCUGGGAUCAUCCUCCUCUGGACUGCCUCCAACGUUAGUACAUUUUUCCUUGGAUAAGGAAACGGCCACCUUUUCUCCAGUUUUCGGGAAGCUCGCACGCACCCAAACCCUGGAGCCAGCAGCAUUGUGAAAGGCAGGUCCCAGCUCCAGAACUUCAGGCCCUCCCCCCUGGAUCUUGCUCAGCCAACAAUGAUGGAGUGUUGUUCCCUUCUCAAAGCAUUGUCACUGUUAGCACACAGGAACCAAUUCACACACAGCCUAGCUUCCCCCAAACAGCAAGAAGGUGAAAGCAAGAUGCUCCAGUUUUCUCGGUCUGCUCGCUGGAAGGAUAGUCCUAUCCCCAGGAUUCCAGAAAGAAUGGCCUCAGGUCAUGACCCGCAUAGAGAGUGCGGCAUCUUCACUGGAGACCUGCCUGCUUUAACACCAAAGACAGAAUUGCCUGUAGCCUUAGGUGCCAGGGCCUUGCUCACUGCACACGUUGCCAUAAAACUCUGAGACAUUCAUUUUGUGUUAAAACAUUGGCCUUACCAGCCCAGCAGCAGCCCCUAUUGGGCUCAUGUGAAGGAUGGGGGCUCUGUAUUGCAGCAAUAAACUGCUCUCUCUCUCUCUCA